AUGCCCGUCCUCCACCUGGAGAGGGGCCAAACAACUUCUGCAACACGGCGCGUCCAACAUCUCACGCUCACAGGGCUAGGUCAGGUCGAGCUGAAAUCGCCACUCUUGACACUCAAACCGAGCGGACAGGUCAGGAAACCCGGUCGAGCAGAAAACGCCACCAGGGGUUCCCCAUCAGCAAGGCUGCAAGGAGGACUAGCCAAGCACAGCAGUGAAACACUCAGCCGCCCUGCUACAGAAUUGAGGAUUGUGUUGAUAGGAGGAAGAUUCAAUAACCUUUCGAGCGGUAAAAGCUCAGCUGGAAACAUCAUCCUGGGUCACAAUGUUUUUGACACCAGCAGAAGAACAGCUCAGAGUGAAGCGAGGCAGCAGGAAGUACUCGGCAGACGACUCACGGUGGUUGAUACUCCAGGAUGGUGUUGGGUUUAUCCAAGAGAAGAAACCCUAAAACUGGAUCAGAUAGAAAUCCAGAAUAGUGUCCAUCUGUGUCCCCCAGGACCUGAUGUCUUUCUUCUGGUCAUUCCUGUUGGUUCAGAUUUCUUUAAUCUCAUCAAUCUAUCUCUAGAGGAACACCUGGAACUUUUCAAAGCAGAUGUUUUCAGUCACACCAUCGUGCUGUUCACUGCAGUCGAUCCAUGUAGUGAUGAAACCAUUAAAUCAGAAAUCAGAGAAUGUCCAGUCCUGCAGUGGAUCCUUCAACAAUGUGGAAACAGAAAACAUGUUCUCAACAUCAGCAACAGAGAAGAUAGAGAUCAAGUCAAGAUGCUUCUAGAGAAAAUUGAGGCGAUGAUUGAACAGAACAGGGGCAGACACUGUUCUGUUGAUGAAUCUGAUGGAAAUGCUCUGAGAGAGAGACUGAAAGAUUUGGUUAAAAAAGCCUCGAAAAGGUUUGAUGAAGUUCAGAAACAAAGAAGAAACCUGAAGCUGCAGAUUGAAGGUGGAAAAGUUCCUCCAAACCAUUUGAGAAUAUUGAUGAUUGGUGGAUCAUUUGUUGGAAAGAGCUCAGCAGGAAACAUCAUUCUAGGAAAAAAUGCAUUUGGUGUUAAUAAAAGUGUUAGAAAUAGAACAACAAACAGUGAAAUUAGCCACAGUGUGGUUGAAGGAAGGCGGCUCACAGUGGUGGAUUCUCCUGGAUGGUUCUACAUCCACACCCUUCAGGACACCAGUGAGAUGGACAAACUGGAAAUAGAGAACAGUGUGAAUCUCUGUCCUCCAGGACCACAUGCUGUGCUGCUGGUUAUUCCUCUGGCAGUACACGUUGAUCCAUCAUAUCUGAGAUCUGUCCAGGAACACAUGAGUCUGUUCAGAGAAGAAAUCUGGAAACACACACUGGUUCUGUUUACCUUUGGUGACUGGUUAGGAGUGAAGACUGUGGAGGAGCGUAUAGAGAGUGAUGAAGGUCUGCAGUGGAUAGUGAACAAGUGUGGGAACAGGUAUCAUGUUCUGAACAACAAGGACCACAGUGAUAAGACUCAGGUAAAGGAGCUCAUUGAGAAGAUUGAAGAGAUGUGGGCAGGGAAUGAAGAUCCUCAUUAUGAAGUGGACCUGGACCGAGCAGCACAGAUAGAAGCCAAGAUGGAGGCUGCAGACAAGGAAGCCAGAAGGUUGAAGGAGAUCAACGAGAGACAGUCAAGAGUUCUGAAAGAGGUUUAUGAAGCUGAGAGAGAUCCAGUCACUGACAUCAGGAUUGUUCUGGUUGGACAGAAAUGUUCAGGAAAGAGUUCAGCAGGAAAUCAGAUCCUUUUCAAGAAGAAAUUUAAAAUAACAUUUAAUAGAGUUUGGUUGGAAAAGAACUAUGAAGAUCAGAGAACAUCUGCAACAUGUGAGAAACAUGAAGGAGACUUUGAUGGAGUAAAAGUCUCAGUGGUUGAAACACCAGGCUGGUUCUCAGACCCAACACCACCUGACUGGAUCAAAGAUGAAGUUCUCCACAGUGUCUCCAUGUUUUCUCCUGGACCUCAUGUUUUUCUCCUGGUUGUUCCAAUCUUCAGAGCUUUCUCUGAGAAAGAUCUCAAAGCUCUGGUGGAGGUCCUGAUGCCAUUAACAGAGAGAGUGUGGAGACACUGCAUGGUGCUGUUUACCAGGGGAGACUGGCUCAAUGGCCUCCCUGUAGAGAACUACAUCGUCAGAGAGGGCAAGGAGCUCCAGGAGCUUCUGGAGAAGUGUGGGAACAGAUACCAUGUUCUCAGCAGCUUUGAUUAUGAUGAUCCUGUUCAAGUCAAAGAGCUGUUCCAAAAAAUUCUCAACAUGGUAAAACAGAACAAAGGAUGCUUACAACUGAAGUAAGUGGGAGAGGAGUGGAACAGACGGGAGCAGGAGCUGAUGGAGAGAAUGAUGAAAGCUUUAGCAAAGGAACCAGAGAAACCAACAGUGCCCUCUGUGGAGGUGGCAAAUAGCAAGGAUGAUGGAGGUAUUCCAGACAUGAGCGGAGAUGUUUCCUCAGAAUAUGGGAGCAUUUCAGAGAUUAGGAACCAACGAGCUCAUAACUACGUUGCUGAAUGGCUGGCUAAGAGAAUGAGACAGUCUGAGAUCAGCUCUGGGAUCGGCAGCAUUUGUUCCUCAGUCAGUUAUAUAGAGAAACAUGAUGAAGAUCUUCAAUAGAUUAAAAAAAGAUGAGUUCAUUCUCACAGAGAAUAAAGAUCCUCUGAACAUUUUCUCCAAUCCAUCAGCUAAAAAUAGGAACUCUUGUUUAACCAAAAAGCUACAGCAGAGACAAUGAUGGAAGCUAAAGGAGAACACAGGAUGGAAUAUGAAAAUAUACCAGCUUGGUGCUACAUGAGACCCAUGUUGGUCUAAUUACUGUAGAUCACAUGGUUAAAGUCCUGCUCCUGUAAUGUUCUGGGUUCUUUUGGUGCCAAAAAUAUUUCCAAUGUUUUCCAAUGUCCUUGUGUCUAUAUGAGGUGUGUGUCUGAUGUGUUUAUGUACAGGAAGCUGUAUAUAUGGUUGGUUUAUGUGUCUAUAUCAGAUCUAUAUAUUGUGUCCAUAUGCUGUAGAUCAUGAGUUUUUCUCCUCAUGUUAUGUUGUUUAACCAUGUUGUGGAACCUGUCGUCUUCUAAUGUCAUGUGAUGUCAUUUGCCCUCACAUAAUAACCAGUUUUCUUUGUUGUUUUUUGUUAAACAGCAGAAACAGAAUGUAAUGCCUGCUCACUUGAUGCAGACAGGAAACACCAACUGCUGCAGCUCACUGUCUUUUUUCUUUUUUUUCCCAUUUUUACCUACAAUUUAUACAAAUAAUGUGAAUCAAAUUAUAGAUGAACACAUGAGAGAACGCCAAGGCAACAGCUGUUUUAGUGUCAUCAUGUAAAAUGUUGGUAACUGCUGGACGGUGAAUUGCUAAAGAUCUUUUAUUAGGC